CCAUGGGGCGCCGCUAGAGGUCCCUGUGAUCUGCGCCGCCUUCUCUCUGCAUGGCUCACACACUCCAGUCUUUUCUUCCCUUUCUCCCAUGACAGCGAGACAAGGUUGCCGUCAAGCAAGCAACAAAAAAAAACAGCUAAAUAUUUACUGGCCGCCCUCAGAUUCGAUGCCAUUUGGAGGAUCGGCGCUCCGAAUGCGGCGCUAGAGCCGGAUCUCGUCCUCGCCUUCGCCCCGAUCACCGCACGGCGCCAGCUAGAGUAUCCUGCUAGUUAGUUAUCCAGCUAAUCAGGCUGCAGAUGAAUUUCACGCACCGAUGACUAGCCAGUAACCCCGGCGCGUGUGGGCUAUUGUUAGCCGACCAGCUAACCGUAACCCAGGCUGCUGUGAUUGAGGGUAGUCCGUCGCUAACUAGUUAGCCGCCCUGCUUAGCUCUGUAACUAGCGGUAGGUAGGGAAGGAUGAGCAGGAAACAUCACUUCAAAGGAGCCGAAGUUAGCUGCUGUGUUAAAUACUUCCUGUUCGGAUUCAACAUUAUAUUUUGGUUGCUUGGAGCUGCAUUCUUGGGCAUCGGACUCUGGGCAUGGGCAGAAAAGGGGGUGUUGUCAAACAUUUCAUCCAUAACGGACAUGGGGGGGUUUGAUCCUGUGUGGCUGUUCAUUGUGGUUGGGGGGGUGAUGUUCAUCCUGGGCUUUGCUGGAUGCAUCGGAGCCCUGAGAGAAAACACAGUCCUGCUGAAAUUUUUUUCUGUAUUUUUAGGGCUUAUUUUCUUCCUGGAACUGACUGCUGGGAUCCUAGCAUUCGUUUUCAAGGACUGGAUUAAAGACCAGCUUAAUUUUUUCAUUAACAACAACGUCAAAGCGUAUCGUGACGAUAUUGACCUCCAGAACCUCAUAGACUUCGCCCAAGAAUACUGGUCGUGCUGUGGUGCACACGGUCCCAACGACUGGAAUCUCAACAUCUACUUCAACUGCACAGAGCUGAACCCCAGCAGAGAGCGAUGUGGAGUUCCCUUCUCCUGCUGUGUCAAGGAUCCGGCGGAGGAUGUUCUUAACACGCAGUGUGGCUACGACGUCCGACUUCAAGGGGAUCUUGACCAGCAAAGAUAUAUUUACACCAAGGGCUGUGUGGGCCAGUUUGAGAAGUGGCUUCAGGACCAUCUGAUCACUGUGGCUGGGAUUUUUGUCGGCAUUGCACUAUUACAGAUAUUUGGAAUCUGCUUGGCUCAGAACCUGGUCAGUGACAUCAGAGCAGUAAAAGCUAACUGGUGACAUUGAGCUACCAAAGAGAGCUGACCGCACACCCAGCACGGCCCCUGUCAGGUGACACAAACCUGGACUGAAGCAUGGAAUGGCACCAGCACAGGGGUCUUGGACAACGGGAGCAUUUAUUGACGGACUCCCCCAGACUGAUCUGUUGGCCGAUUGUAGAGGUUGUUUACUUCUGCUUUGGUUUUCCUCUUCAGUUUCGGUGGUUCGUCGAAUGAUUUAGUCACGGCAUCGCAGAGCCCUCAGCCUGGUAGAAGCUCAUACGAUUGUAAUAUGAUGUUCUGCUGAGGUGGGGAGUGGGCGUUGUGGUUUUUGGGGUCUUGUGAUAACCUUUAAUCUCUUAUAAAGAGUUAAGCAACAGCACACAGCUUUAGAGGUGAAGCCACCGUCUUGCAUUCCGUGGACUUUUGCAUCCGACCACGGACUGGACCAUCUUUGCGAUGUCGACAGAUCCAACUUUCUGUGGUCACCCCCACCAAUAUCUGUUCAGUUUUUUUUUUUAUUUUAUUUUUUAUUUGGACCGAACCCCACGUCUGUUCAAUCCAUGUCUGAAGAUUGAAAAGCUCCGAAACGCCACAUUCUUCUGAAUGGUCCUGAGGCUGAAUAACCCUUAAUGAUAUGAACCAUGGAGCAGUCAGCGAGCGAGGUGCUGCUCAGAAUUUCAGGCGUCUCUCCUAUAACCGUCAAUAGCAUAGACUGCUGGGAAAUAGUUUGAAAUAAGAUGAACCUUCCAUUGCAGAAUGAAGGUGGACUUCAAGAUAGAUAUAAAUCUGUAUUUUUGUUUUUUGCUCGAAGACUAGAACUAGUAAUUACAGUUUAUCCCUUUUUAAGGAGCUGCAGCACUUUGCAAGGGUCUCACUCUCAGUGACACCCAGUGAAUGGGAACUGCCGUGACAACCUGUAAUUUCGGGCAGAUUUGGUAAGAGCUCUGCCGUAAUGGCUGCCUGAACGUGGCCUAUUUUCCGUAAGCACAAGUGCUCUGUUCUGGUCCAGCUUCUGAGCCGACUGACAUGCCAGGCACCGUUCGACGUGCCAUCGCUGCUUAGAAAGAUUACAUUCUGGCCGCCUUUUUAAAUUUUUAAUGGAAUCUUUGAUCUCGUUUAAGGUUUUAAUAACUGAAAGUUAACCGAGUCACUAGAGCCACUGGCCCUUUUUAAAGAAUGUAACAGGACGUCUAUGCUUGUGCAUCCCGUUAAACGCCUUGGUCCUCCUCUCACACUACAUGGAGGACUGUGGUAACGAGGCCUCAUCCUCCUAACCUCCUAGAGUUUUAUCCAAUGGUUCAUAAUGUGAGGCAUGCCAUAGGACCAGUGACCAAGGCAGCAUUUCGCCUGUCUCAGUCAGCAGUCAAUGUUCAGUCUUCGUCUUACUUCAUAUGCAGUAUGCCAGCUUGCUGGGACCCCGCUAUCUCUUCGAGUGGCCUCCCCAUUUAAGGGGAUAGCCCAGUACCUUUAGGCCAAUAACUCCUCCCCCUUUGGUAAAGUGGUUUAUAUUAAAUUUGUAAAUGAGAAUCAGUGUGUUUCACUUGGGCAGGCAGGGGGGGGGCAGUAGGAAGGAUCCUGAUGAUAAUUUUCCAACUGUGGAUGGAAUUUGGGAUUUAAAUGUUGUAGCAUUAACACUUAUGCAAAGACACUGACUGUCUGGAGCCCUUUGCAAUUCCUGUCUGGAUUUAACUUUUAUUUUUAUGAUACCACCCUAUGGCAGUAGAUAUGUGUAUAUAAUUGUGACUGAGCUCCUAUUAGACAUGAGAGAUAGUAAUUUAAAAUACUUUUUAUUCUGUAAUUUUGUGUUUUGUUUACAUGGCUCGCAGAGGUGUCCUUGAAUUAGCCCACGGAUGGUUUCAUCUCUGAGAGAGCCCAGUGACCCCGUCUAUCUUGAUUUCCUCGCAAGACAUUGUGCAUUCUGCAGGGAGGGAGCUCAAAGCAGGAGAAUGGCUUGUCCGUUCUUGUCUGUUAUGAAUGUAUAAUUAUGUACCAUGACUAUGCUUCCCUGUUUUCAUACACAUUCCACAAAAUAAAAAUUCCCUUUCAGCACAGCUCCCCUUGACCUAGGGAAUAGAAAUCUGGUUGUUUGCCUGCCUUCCUUAGAAUUUGCUGGAUUUUGCACCCACAUGUGACCAUGGAAUUGGUAUCAGCAGGCUAGUGCUGUUCCGUCUAACUUAGCAUUGUCCUCCCUUCUUUGCUGAUUGCCAUCUACCAGGUACAUAAUUUUGAAACCUACAAAAAUGAUCUUAGGACGUAGUUAAAAAGUGCUGAAUGUUUUACAGUGGUUCUGAUGGACCCCCCCCCCCCCCCAAAUUGCUGAAUUAUUUUGUCCGUGGUUUUUUUUUUCUUUUUCUUUCUACUGCACAAUAUCUUCAGCUGGGGGUACAAGCCAAUUUGGGAAGUAGCUGUAUCCCUGGUUUGAAUUGUUACCCUUGGCCCUUAGGACAUUGAUGCCAAUACAGCUCUUUCCUCUUGAGUUAUAUAUCACUUCUUCUAUCAAUAAAAAUACACCUUUAAUUACCCACAGAAAGCUUAAUGGGAUUGGUUAAGCCUGUGAUGUUUUUUUUUAUUCCAUUUAGCAAAAUAUUAAUAGGAAAACGGAUGGAAAAAUGUAUAUCGCUGAAGACGCACUUUUUCUACCUCAUUUUCAAAAAUGUCGAGAGGCAGGUCUACAUUGUUUCUGUUGCCUUUCAUGCUUCAUUGCUUGUUAUUAAUAUUCCACAGUGGCACCAAUUUUUAGUGCCUCUGGUGGAAUCGCUGUCCCAACAUAUGAACACGUUGCCUCUCUUGCCAGGGUCUUCAUUUUGCUAUGCAAUUAAGAUGCUGCAAAUUGAAGUUUCAGACACAUGAAAAAAUGGGAAUUAAAUAUUUAUCUUACCAAACAACAAAUAGUGGGAAAUUUUCUUUUUUUUUAUUAGUUCUGGGUCUAUUACUGCAGCAGAAAACCAAUCCUUUGCUUACAGUUGAAGUUAAGGUCAUUUCCCGGUAAGAGCUGAUUCAUAAAGCACGUGCACUGCUCUCCCCGCGACUCGAGAAUCGCAUUGCAAAUUCACAAGGCUUCACGCAGACGUGGAUCAUAUAUGAAUAUUUGUUACAGUUUAAAAUUUUACUGUAACAAUGCUUAAUAUGAAACAUAUUAACAGUGCACCUCAACCUCAUUGUGGUUUAUAGUAACUAUAACAUCAUUUUUGUUGUAUUUAUCUGAACUUCAAGCAGCUGCUGUAGCCCUCUAUGACGUUCCAUUAAUUCUGCGGAGAUCCUUGGACUAUAAACUCUUGGUAUCUUACAGAACACUACAGAUUGAUUGUUGUGUAUUUCACUCCCUCGUCAUUUAUGUGUGUCGGCAAGAAAGGCGCUUUUAGUGGUAUGUGGGCAUUGUGUGGUUAGGCCGCUGGCAUUUACAAUUUUAAGUAAUUUGUAAGUCAUUGUCUCUCUUACAGCUGAACUGGUCUUUCAAUUCAGCUUGAUGGUUUAGUACCCUGUUUAUUUCUGAACCUCAGACACAGAUAAUAACAUGUUAACGCUACACAUUUACUUCUUUGAGUUGUAUAAUUACCUACAUGCGUUUUACUAUGGGAUAGUUAUCACCAAAAAUAGCAGCUCUUACACCUACUUUCUUACUAAUCCACAUUUAAAAUUCUUUGUGACUUGUAUUUACUACUCUACCAUAACAAUGUGGAGCCUCAUUUAAAGAUUUUUUUUUUAUGUUUUCCAAAAACAUUUCUCUCCUGUUCAUGAUGCGUGGUACCCCAGCAAAUUCUGGUCAUUUUUAUCUUUUAGGUGAUUUGUAUAUAUAUAUAUAUUUUUAAUCGGGACAGCAGAAUACACAGAAAUAUUAGUUUUAGAAAUGAACUACCAUUCUAUUAGUCUGCAUUGUUUCCUUUAUUUUAAACGGCUUCUUUGAAAGGUUAGAAUUGUGUAGAAGCGAUGGAAUUGGUUUGAUUGUUGCAUUUGGUCUGUUACACUGUAUAUUGUCUUACAAAUAUGCUUUUUCAUAAAUAAAAUGAUUUAUGACGACAA